AUGGCACGUGAUGACCACCUUUCGUCAUGGUGGGCCUCAUCUCCCUCAGCGCCCAAACGGCAUGGCACCAUCACGGUGGGCUUUGGAGUGGCUUCGCUGCCGCCGCAACUGGUGGUGCUGAAAAAGGUGACCAUGAAGAGUUGGGCCGCCGAGCAGCAGCUGACCGCAGGAGACGUCUUGUUGGAGCUGAUGCUUGGAGCUGGGCGAAAUGUCAAGACCCCAAUUCUUGAGCCUCAUGGAGACGCGGCCUUUGUGAACUCCAAAACACCUGCAAAGUUGGAGCAAAAGUUGCAAGGCUUCAAGUUUGUCAUCAAUCCCUUGAAGAACAGACAGCUGCACGAAUCUCCACAGGAGGCGGAAGAAGGAGAGACGGACUACGCAGGUAAAACCCCGCCCGUCGCAAGCUGCUCCAGCACGGCCAGCGCUAGCGACGAUGAGAAGGCGGAUGACACGACGCUGCAGGAGGGCCAGGUUAAGACUCGUCAGAGUCUGUCAGACUGGUACCUGGAGCAGGACGAGGCGGCCCCAGAUCUCACUGGACGCAAGGUGGAGGAUGAAAAGGAGUUGCCAGUGGAGGAAAUUCUGUUUGCUGUGGCACUUACACUGCACGUACAAAGUACGGCAGCUCCACUCGUGGCCGAGAAAAAAAGAGCAGCUGUGGGUUUCAUGUGGUGCUGCUGCAAUGAAGAGACUGAGCUCGAAGUGGCCCUGCCAAAGUUGGCGGCCUCCGAACAGGUGCUGCCGCCGACACCAGAGGAGGUCAGGUCGGCGUCCGACAGGUCCUUGAUGCGCGCCCAGACGGUGGCGAAAUUAGCCGAGGCGGACACCAUGCACUUCUUCACGGCACAGUUCGUCCGCUCUGCGGGCACCAGCUUUGGGCUGGAUGUCUCUGCGGUUGGCCGGGUGUGUAUGGUGAAUUCAGUGGCGCCCGAUAGCUUGGUGGGUGAGUGGAAUGCGAAGGCGAUAAAGGAGGAGAGGGAUCGAGAAGUGAUCCAGCAGUAUGACCGGCUCAUGGCCUUGAACGACGAACGGCCUGAGAAGGGUCGUGACAUGUCCGAGAAGUUGAAGAAUAUCAAGGGCUUCGUGAGCAUCGUCAUCCAGAGACCAGUCAUACGGAAGGUCACCGUUGUCAAGAACGGGUUGAAGGACUUGGGCAUCAGCAUCAUUGACGGGCACGGGUUCAUGGUUGUUUCUUCAGUCGGCGAGGGCACUAUCAUCAGCCAACACAAUGCUUUAGCGGCCUAUGAGGACGUGAUUGGAGUUCCCACACGGAUCAUCAGUGUGGACGGUGAGUAUGGCGAUGGAUUUGAACUCCUGCAGAUGAUGGAAGAGGCUGGAGAGGUGUUUGAAGUGGAGACUCUUCGUUUUGCGUAG